GCCUAACGAUGUUGGCGCGCUGGCUGGUCGCCUGCUGCGUGGUGCUGUGCGCGCGGCCGGCAUACCCUCAGGGCGCACAGCAGUGCCCCGCGCCCAACACCAUGACGCCUUGCAGCUGUACCGUCAAGAAGAACGGGCUCGACAUCCUCUGCGAGUUCACAGAGCAGCAGCAUAUACAGAAGGCUAUGAACACACUUCGCUCCAAACCGAUGAUAAUUUUCUACUUGAAGCUGCGACACAACAACCUGGCAAAGCUACCGGCGUAUAUCUUCUUGGGCCUGGACAUCCGCCAUCUUACAGUUCACAACAGCAGCUUGGCUGUCAUCGAAGAUUCCUCGCUGAGUUCUAUCGGAAACAAGCUGACGCAACUGGACGUGUCCCAGAACAGCCUGGCUACGAUCCCGACCUCGUCGUUCACGCAUCUCAACCACUUGCUCAUCUUGAACAUGAACCACAACAAGGUAACCGCGGUGCACAACCGCGCCUUUAUGGGGCUAGACACGCUGGAGAUCCUGACUCUGUACGAGAACAGGAUAUCUGUCGUCGACGGCGAGGCUUUCAAGGGGCUCGAGAAGAAGCUGAAGCGACUGAAUCUUGGUGGUAACGACCUGACGGCGGUGCCGCAAAAAGCGCUCGCCUUGCUCGAGAACCUCAAGAAACUGGAGAUGCAGGAGAACCGUAUCGCUACCAUUACGGAAGGAGACUUCGCCGGUUUGCGUAACCUAGAUUCUCUGGGGUUAGCACACAACCAGUUGCGUGAAGUGCCGGCUCAAGUGUUCUCCCAUCUGACAUUUCUGAACUCUUUGGAACUCGAAGGAAACCUAAUUCAGAGGAUCGAUGAGAAAGCUUUUUCAGGACUGGAAGAAAACCUUCAAUAUCUCCGUCUCGGAGACAAUCGGCUGCACGAAAUCCCCUCGGAGGCGCUUCGUCCGCUGCAUCGCCUACGUCACUUGGAUCUUCGCUCCAAUAACAUUACCUACAUCAGCGAAGACGCAUUCACUGGAUACGGGGACUCUAUCACGUUCCUCAACCUGCAGAAAAAUAUGUAA